CUCUCGCGCUGCAGCUCCCCUUAUCUCUUCCUCCGGUUGCUGCGUGCCUCUGUCUUUUCUUUUUCUUUUUUUCUUUUUCUUUUUUGGCUCUUUUCCUGUUCUCAUUCGGGGGACCCUCUUUUUUUCGCGCCCGGACUCGCCCCAAUAAGGAAUCUCGCCCGCCGCACCUCAAACCGGUACCACCGCAACCACCCACCCCUCAGCCCAACCACCAUCAUGUCUGGGUUGACCCUGGGGGGAGGAGGAGGAGGAGGAGCAGCAGUGGGCGUGCGACCAACACAAUCCGCAGCCUUCCCUUCUCGCCAGGAUUCCGCCGAUGCCGACCGUUCCUCUUCCUCCACCACCCACACCCACAACCCCCUCCACGCCCUUCCCUCUUCCUCCCAGCUCUCCGACGACUUCUCCUUCGUCUCGCCAAUCAGUCCCGCCGACUCCUCUAACGCCAACGAUACCACCCUGCUGCAGGACUCCCUCUUUCCCGAAUGGAGUGCCGGUACCCCCCGUGGCGGAAUUGACUCUCCCGACGAGUUGCAACGGAAGGACCCUCUGGCCACCCAGAUAUGGAAGCUGUAUUCUAGGACCAAGGCCCAGUUGCCCAACCAGGAGCGCAUGGAGAACCUGACCUGGCGUAUGAUGGCCAUGAGCAUGAAACGCAAGGAACAGGAACGUGUGCACCAGUCUCGUCUCGCUGCGAGGCACAGCAUCUCCGGCCCUAGUGGCAUUGCUCAACUACGUCUCACCGAUCGCGAUCCCCUCCCCUCCCACCCCUCCACCGAUCUCUCCGUGGAUCCCAUGAACCUGGACGAUUUCAUUGCCACAAAAGGAUCCGAGGCGACAUCCGCGGCCAUCCCGAUCAAGUCCCGCAAGGACCAAAUCGCCGAGCCCACCCCCGUCCCGGCCUCAUUCCCCCACCCGCCGCAGGAUCAGCGGAAGAACAGCGAGUUCGGCUACGUGCCCCGUCGCGUGCGCAAGACGAGCAUCGACGACCGCCAGUUCUUCAACUUGCAGGUGCCCACCCGCAAACGCCCCGCCGAGUCGUCGCCCCAGGUGCCGCCCGUGUCGAACGCCAUGCUGGCCCAUGACCCGGAUUUGUCGGGCGGUGUGCCGGACUACACCCUGGAUGCGUCCUCGUCGGCCUUCGCGGCGCUGCACCACAACCACCACCCUUCCCACCACAACCACACCUCGCCCGGCGUGCCGUUUGGGCUGGAUACCUACGGCCUGAGCGAGGACCCCAUUCUCACCUCCGCCGGUCCCUAUCAGACACAGUUCACCUUCUCUCCGACCGACUCCCCCAUGACGUCCGGCAACCCGUUUGCCAACCUGUACGCCCACACCCCGGUGGCGUCCUCGCUGAACUCGACCGAUUUCUUCUCCCCACCGCCGUCGGGGUACCAAUCGACCGCAUCGACCCCGCAGCCCGCGUACGACGGCGAACAUUCCAUGUUCUUCGACAUGCCGUCGGUGGAUACGCGCACGCAGCGACGGGUGCCGAACUACGUCACGCAGCGCUCCAACCUGUCUGCGUCGCUGCAGCCCCGAUACAUGUUCAACCAGAGCCAAGACCAGUCGCACCACGGUGGCCACGCCUCGUCGAUGCAUUCGCCGGGCUAUCCGAUUCCCCAGCCGCAGCACGUGGAUCCCACGCAGGUGCUGGGUCCGGGCGAUUUUUCGACUGGGGCCUCGCACGCGGCCAUGUUCAGCUUUGGAGCGGACUCGGAUAACGAGGACGAGGACGGGAACCAGUUCUCCGACCGUGCGGGGUUGCCGAUGCCGACCGAUCUGGACGACGCCGCCGAUCUGAACGGCGGGAUGCAGUGGGACGCUCAGUUCCCCGGAUCGUUCCACUCUCUGCCCGGGUUCAGCGCGCAGCAUCGCAAGCAUGUGACGAUUGGAUCCGCCGACAUGAUGGAUACCCCGAGCGAGUGGAACCAGAACGGCAGUCUGGGCCGCACACACGGAUCGGCGGCCUCGGUCAGCGAGGUGCGCAACCGCGAGCAGGACCCCCGCCGGCAGAAGAUCGCCCGGACGGCUUCGACGCCCAACGCACCCCAGCUGCUGCGGCAGAGCAUGAACGGAGGCACGCACACGUCGCCCAACACGCCGCCCGAGUCAGGCUUGAACAGUGCCGUACCGUCCCGGCCCGCCAGCCCGGGCGGGUCGAAGAGCGGCGAGAGCAGCGGCCCGACCACGUGUACCAACUGCUUCACGCAGACCACCCCGCUGUGGCGCCGCAACCCCGAGGGGCAGCCGCUGUGUAAUGCCUGCGGGCUGUUCCUGAAGCUGCACGGCGUGGUGCGGCCGCUGUCGCUCAAGACGGACGUGAUCAAGAAGCGGAACCGCAGCAGCGCCAACAGCCUGGCGGUCGGUACGUCCCGGUCGUCGAAGAAGUCGGCGCGCAAGAACUCGGUGCAGCAGGCGACGGUCACGACACCCACCUCGAGCCGCGCUCAGAGUGGCACGGCGUCUUCGGAGUCUCCGCCCGCCAUGCCGGUCGGUGGUGGUUCCUCUUCCAGCCGCGCCGCCGGCGUGGUGCCUAUCGCGGCCGCGCCGCCUAAGUCCAGCCCGGCCUCGACGAGCUCUCCAGGACAGACUCGGGGAUCAGUGCAGAUGGCGCCGAAGCGUCAGCGUCGGCUGGAAAAGGCCACCGACGUGGAGGCUGCCGAGGAGGCGAGCAAAUCCAGCACGACGUCGAGCGGCCGCUCCAAGGUGGUCCCGUUGGCGCCCGCGAUGCCCCCGGCCGCGGCCAACCCAGCCAACCACAGCAUUGCGGGCGGGCAGGGCGCCAGUCAGGAGUGGGAGUGGCUGACGAUGAGUCUGUAA